AAGAACUUCCUGGUAGGUUUUGUCAUAGGCAAUGUUUGAAGGCAGAGAGGGAGGGGAGAAUAUGAGCAGUUGUUUCACGACUGUAAGACUGUCUGUGACUCAAGCUCCAAUAGUUUACAGAAUAGGUGUAUCUGCAAAGUAACGUUGAGUGUUAGGCUAAACAACCUGUUAUACCGCUACAAGGUUCUUAUUUGUGGCAGUGCAUUUUACGCGUACAAGGACACUCACUCAGCAAGGACUGCCCUGUCAAAUUUAAAGUGUGAUUUAUUAACUAGAGCUGUCACUUUUGGAGGAGUAACUGCUAUGUGGAAAGGGCUGUAGUAUAAGCAAAAAGGACUCAAGUUUUGGACUAUCCACCAGAGGACCGUCUAAAGGGCAAGACGACAGGAUUGAUAUUACAGCCUCAACGUACUUCAGGGAAUUCACCUUAUGAAUGUUAUUUACUGUCAGCCGGUAGAGAUCGUUCGUCGUUCAGGACUAGCACAUUCUCGUGCUUAUAACAGAACUUCAUAAGGCUGUGGGUGUAGACGGGGUGCGGGUAAUGAUGGAGAGCGCCCUGACGGCUCGAGAUCGUGUGGGGGUGCAGGACUUUGUCCUGCUGGAGAACCACACCAGCGAGGUGGCCUUCAUAGAGAACCUGCGCAAGCGCUUCAAGGAGAACCUCAUCUACACGUACAUCGGCUCAGUGUUGGUGUCGGUGAACCCUUACAAGGACCUGGAGAUUUACACCAAGCAGCACAUGGAGAGAUACCGGGGAGUCAACUUCUACGAGGUCUCCCCACACAUCUAUGCGGUGUCGGACAACGCGUACAGGGCCAUGCGCACGGAGCGGAGGGACCAGUGCAUCCUGAUCUCCGGCGAGAGCGGCGCCGGGAAGACCGAGGCCUCCAAGAAGGUCCUGCAGUACUACGCCAUCACCUGCCCCGCCAGCGACCACGUGCAGACCGUCAAGGACCGCCUGCUGCAGUCCAACCCCGUCCUGGAGGCUUUUGGGAAUGCCAAGACGCUGCGAAAUGACAACUCCAGCCGCUUCGGAAAAUACAUGGACAUCCAGUUUGAUUUCAAGGGAGCUCCGGUGGGGGGCCACAUCCUGAACUACCUGCUGGAGAAGUCGCGCGUGGUGCACCAGAGCCACGGCGAGAGGAACUUCCACAUCUUCUACCAGCUGAUCGAGGGCGGCGAGGAGGACCUGCUGCGGAGACUGGGCCUGGAGAAGAACACGCAGCAGUACCAGUACCUGGUCAAGGGUAACUGCCCCAAAGUGAGUUCCAUUAACGACCGUAGUGACUUCAAGGUGGUGAGGAAGGCCCUCAGUGUCAUUGGCUUCAAUGAUGAUGAUGUGGAGGAGCUGCUGAACAUCAUUGCCAGUGUGCUGCACCUGGGUAAUGUCCAGUUUGCGGCUGAGGACGGAGGCAAUGCUUAUAUCCAGGCUGAGACGCAGAUCAAAUACAUGUCCAGGUUGAUCGGGGUGGAUGUGGCCGUCUUGAGGGAGGCUCUGACACACAAGAAGAUCAUCGCCAAAGGGGAGGAGCUGAUGAGCCCUCUGAACCAGGAACAGGCGGCGUCUGCUCGUGAUGCCCUGUCCAAGGCCAUCUACGGACGCACCUUCACCUGGCUCGUCAACAAGAUCAACGACUCGCUGGCCUUCAAGGAUGACUCACGCCUCUCCAGCAAGGACGCCUCUGUGAUUGGCCUUCUGGACAUCUACGGCUUCGAAGUCUUCCAGAACAACAGCUUUGAGCAGUUCUGCAUCAACUACUGCAAUGAGAAGCUGCAGCAGCUGUUCAUCGAGCUCACACUCAAGUCGGAGCAGGACGAGUACGAGGCAGAGGGAAUAACGUGGGAGCCUGUGCAAUAUUUCAACAACAAGAUCAUCUGUGAUCUUGUGGAGGAGAAAUUCAAAGGCAUCAUCUCCAUUUUGGAUGAGGAGUGCUUGAGGCCAGGAGAUGCUACUGACAUCACCUUCCUGGAGAAGCUGGAGGAGACCCUGGGUGGACACGCCCAUUUUGUGACUCACAAGCUGGCUGACGGAAAGACCCGGAAGCUGAUGGGAAGAGAGGACUUCCGGCUGUCGCACUACGCUGGAGAAGUCAACUACAAUGUGAAUGGUUUUCUGGACAAAAACAAUGACCUGCUCUUCAGGAACCUCAAGGAGGUCAUGUGUAUGUCAGAGAACAAGAUCCUCACCCAGUGCUUUGACAGGGAGGAGCUGACUGACACGAAGCGCCCAGAAUCGACGGCCACCCAGUUCAAGACCAGCCUGGCCAAGUUGAUGGAAAUCCUGAUGUCUAAGGAGCCGUCGUACGUGCGCUGCAUCAAGCCCAACGAUGCCAAACAGUCAGGGCGUUUUGAUGAGGUUCUGAUCCGGCACCAGGUGAAGUACUUGGGCCUGAUGGAGAACCUGAGGGUGAGGAGGGCUGGAUUCGCAUACCGGAGACGCUACGAGGUCUUCCUGCAGAGAUAUAAGUCCCUGUGUCCUGAGACCUGGCCCAGCUGGGAUGGCCGCCUGGUGGACGGUGUGUCAGCUCUGGUCAAGCACCUCGGAUACAAACCUGAGGAGUACAAACUCGGCAGGUCUAAGAUCUUCAUCCGCUUCCCCAAGACUCUCUUUGCCACAGAGGAUGCGUUGGAGAACAGGAAGCACAGCAUAGCUACGAAGCUACAGGCAGGCUGGAGAGGCUACAAACAGAAGACCAAAUAUCGCAAACUGAGGACCUCUGCCAUUGCGAUCCAGGCGUGGUGGAGGGGCAUCUUGGCCCGCAGGAGGGCGGCGCGCAGGAGGCAGGCGGCGGACACCAUCCGCAAGUUCGUCAAGGGCUUCAUCUACCGGCAUCAGCCGCGUUGCCCGGAGAACGAGUACUUCCUGGACUACGUGCGCUACUCCUUCCUCAUGAAGCUCCACAGGAGUCUGCCCAAGACAGUGCUGGACAAGAGCUGGCCCACUCCACCACCUGCCCUGGCCGAGGCGUCAGAUCACCUGCGCAAGAUGUGCAUGCAGAACAUGGUGUGGAAGUACUGCAAGGGCAUCAGCCCAGAAUGGAAACACCAGAUGGAACAGAAAAUGGUGGCAAGUGAAAUCUUCAAGGACAAGAAGGACAACUACCCCCAGAGCGUCCCCAAACUCUUUGUCGGCACACGGCUAAAUGGAGAGGACAUCAACCCCAAAGUGCUCCAGACUCUUGGAACGGAGAAGAUGAAGUAUGCUGUUCCAGUGACCAAGUACGACAGGAAGGGCUAUAAGCCCCGCACCCGGCAGCUCCUCCUCACAGGAAGCUCGGCCAUCAUAGUGGAGGAGGCCAAGACCAAGCAGCGCAUCGACUACAAUGCUCUCAAAGGAGUCUCUGUGAGCUCCCUCAGUGAUGGCAUCUUCGUCCUGCACGUUCCCUGUGAAGACAAUAAACAGAAGGGAGAUGUGGUUCUCCAGAGUGACCAUAUAAUUGAGACGCUAACGAAGCUCGCGAUCUGUGCCGACAAAAUCAACAGCAUCAACAUAAACCAGGGGAGCAUAACAUUCACAGGGGGCCCAGGAAAGGAAGGGACCAUUGACUUCAUCGCUGGCUCAGACCUGAUCGUCAACAAGGCCAAGAAUGGACACCUGUCUGUGACUGCUCCUCGCCUCAAUUCAAGAUGAUGGCAGUCAACCAAGUAAAGCACUUCCUGACUCCUACAGCGGACUUCCUGUCCAGGUCCCGCCCUCCAUCUUCCUGUUUGCCAAUCACGACCGCGGACUGCCUCGUCUGACUCGCCAAUCACACGCCAGCUCCAAUGACCGCAAACGACUCUGCUUCCAAUUGUGAAUUUUUCAAGCGAACUAAUCAAUAUUUAUGUUUAUAUAUUAUAUUUUUUUGAGGGGAGGCAGAGGCUGGGAGUGAAGGGAAAGGGGAAAUUAAUACUAUUCUUAUUUUGAAUAUUAUAAUUUUUUUAUUUGAAGCCAAGGAGUAACAAUGUUUUAUUGCAUUUUUUUUCACCGCCUCUCACUUCACCUAUUGCUCUGUUUUUGUUUAUUUGUUUUGUUUGUUUGUUUUGAGGAGUGGGAUGCAGUGGAAUAGUGCCAGAGGUGAUCUCGGUAAUGUUCAUCGAAGAUAAUCAGGGUUUAACUGUUAAAAGUUCGUCUUACUGCUUUCUCGCCCCUUUUUAUCCAUAUUCACCUCACGCAUCUGUCUUUGUUUUUCCAAACUCCUGACCCUGUGUGCCCCUGCACUCUGUGCAGUAACGCAUUACAAAGCAUUUAUUUCCUAUAUGGGCCUUAGCAAUAGUUUAAAAGGAGGCUUAAAUUAUCUCUUUACGUUCGCAUACAAAUGUAGACCAAGUGUAAGGCACACUUGCAAUCUUUUUUUUAUUUGUUUUGAUUUGUUUUAUGUAGGUUUUUUUCAAGGCCAACUAAUAAAGUAAUUGGUGGAAGGCAGACGAUCGAAACGAAGUGUAAGUUGGUGUGCGGGGCACAUGUUGAAUGGUAUAAAGUAACGUAGGGAAACCCACUCCAAUCUGAGCGCUCUGAUCUGUCGCAUAGACGCACUUGCAGCACUCUCAGAGAAAGAAAAGAAUAGAUAGAUAGAGAGCAGCAUUGCAUGGCACAGCGGAAAAACAAACUACAGACAGCGAAGAGGUGGGCAAAAAAACAGAAUGAUUUUGUGGUUUGGUGUUCUGUCUAAUGUGUCAUCCAAAAAAACAGUGCCUUUUCUUUCAUCUAAUACUGAGUUGGUGCAGACACUACCUUAUUUAUGUAACUGUUAUGACCAUGUUGAGUCUGAGAUGUAACAUUUAUAACGUUGUCCUAUAUUUCAUACUGUACAAAACAUAGCCAGACUCACACGUACACAGCAGAAUAAGUAGGCCCUCCAAAUACACUGGAUAAAAACAUAUAACUUCGAAGUGUUCCAGAUACAUAUAUGUCAUCUAGGUAGUAGCCUACCUGUAAGUUGUGUAAAAAAUCUAGUGUCUGACUUUUUGCCUCAACACUAUAGCUACAAAUGAUAUUUUUCACCAGACAGAAACGUAUACAAUAUACACACACAUAUGUUGUCCAGACUGUUUAUUCCUGUAAGAUUACCUUUGUAUUUUGUAGAUAUGGAAAUGCUACUAAAUGAAUGUUGCCACAUUGGACAAAAA